AUGAGAGUCUCAAUCGCCUCCGCCUUCCUCUGGGAGCCUCCUCCGCUGCCUCCCACUCCGCCGCCUCCCUCUCAGUCGCCUCCGCCGCUACCCUUACCGACCGCGCCCUGGAGCCACAUCGACUUUUCAUCCACCCAGCCACGCACCCUCCCUCCUCCCGCUCAACGCCCUCCCUCCUCCUCCCACUCGACACGCACCCUUCAUCCUCCCUCGUCGACACCCUGCACCUCCCGUGCUGUGGCGGUCGCCAUCGCUACGGAAUGGGGAGGAAAAACGCGAGAAGAUGGAGAGGCAAAACGCGAGAAGAUGGCGAGCGGACAAGGUGGAUACCCCGCCUUCCCAUCGCACGCUCCCCUCGCCGCUCUCUCCUCCCUCCCCGUCCUCGCUCUCAGGACCCCACCCCCUCCUCGCUCUCAGGACCCCGCACCCUCCUCCGCCCGCGUGCCCAUCUGCCCUUCCGUCCACGCACCGCCCUCUCCUCCCCCUUCGCCCCUCUUUCCUCCCCCUUCGCCCCUCUCUCCUCCCCGCUCCGAGCGGCGCGCCUUCCUCGCCCCUCGCAGGCGUACGUCGCUCGUCGCACCCCGCAAGCGUACGUCGCUCUUCGCACCCCGCAAGUGUGCUUCCCCUCGCUAA